UAAGGUAUACUAGGUUUCUGGAAAGAUCGAUUCUUUGUGAAGUUAUAGUAUAUCUAAUGAAGAAGCAUCAUAUAUUGUCGAUUUUAUAUACGAUUAUCGACUUUUAUAUGAAAGUCUUGUCCAUGGUCAAGAAUCACCGACAUGUCGAUUAAAUUAGCGCCAUCUACUGAAAACAAAAAUGGUGGCUAACAAUAUGCCCUAUCCCUGCCCUGGUUUUAUGGCACGGCAAAUGUCUGCGUUCUCUAGGCUUCUUUCUAUUAUGCAUUUCCCUUCAACCGACAUAUCCAAUUUUAAUGUGAAGAAGGGGAAUCAUUACCUUGCUGUUGAUUCUAUAUCACGUGUGAAAUAAACGAAGCUCUUCUAACCAAACAGAAGGAAAUUACAAAAAUACGUGUAACGUUGUGGCAAUACAGUAAGGGGUAAACGCAUAGUUGUUUCUCCUAAAGCAAAACGGAAAAAGAAAUCUUAUUUUGCUACAUGAAUCUACAAGUUACCUAAAUAUUUUUUAUGGCUACCGAAAAUGCUAUGAUGCAGAAUCAUCAAUAGUACUUAUAUUAUAUACACUGAAAUGCAAAAUAACCACAGAGAUUUGUAUAGGAACGUUGGAUUUUAUACGGAUUGGUAAUGACAGAUAGAACGGGUACAAUGAGGCUAGAAGCUGAAAUGGCUGCUCCAUUGCAUUUGCAAAGAUUAGAACGUAGCUUGAAUAUUCAACCAUUCUUAAGACAGAUUGAUGAUCUAUUUCAAGAGCAUGCUAGCGAAGAUGACAAGUCCAUGUCUUCUGAUUCCUCUGACGGAUCUGAUGCUUAUCUUGAUGAUGUACUGACACGGAAAGAAGAAGAAAGAAUCAAUAAAUUAAGAUUGUAUAAUAUGUCAAGCGUGGGUGAAGAAAGAAGAUGGCUGCAAGACAUAUUGUUGAGUGAUUCUGAAAGUUCAGCGUCUGGUUCUGAUACAGAUGGUCCUAUUACGGAAGAAGAUUUUCAAGAAAUGCUUAAAUUUCAUAUAUUGCGUAAAAAAUAUCAAGGACGUUUUUAUCAAAAACCUGAAAAUAUACAGUAUCAAUAUUAUAGUGCCGGUUUAUUAUCCAGUUAUGAUAGAUUUUUAGAACAUCAAAAAUUAAUAGUUGGCAAUAAAAAAAAGAAAGAUAAGAAACCAGAGAAAAAAGUCAUGAAAAUUAAGAAAGAAAAAAUUCCUCGCCAUAGACCAUCUGAAGAUUAUCAUGAAGGUGAUUAUUUGGAUGAAGAAUGGGAUCGUACGAUACCUAAAGAGGAAGAAUUAGAUGAAGCUGAAUUGGAAGCAAUAAUGCGACAUCAGCCUCGUCCACGAGGUCGCAAAAAACAUAAUAAUAAAAGUCCUGAGGUAAUGGCAAUUAGAAGAAGAAAAAUAUGGGUUAUGAUGUCUAAAAAGGAACUUGGAAAAGUGCAAAGAGCAAAAACUAAUAAUCAUAAGGAAAUGUUAAUAAGUUGUAAAAAAGUAGCUCAACAUUGUAUGAAAUAUUGGAGACAAAAAGCAAUGCAGUCACAAAAAAAUAUGAAAGAAACUAUUUGGAGAGCAAAAAGGUUGACAAGGGAAAUGCAAUCUUAUUGGAAAAGAUAUGAUCGUGUUGAGCGAGAAACAAGGAGAAGAUUAGAAAAAGAAGCCGAAGAACAACGUAAAAUGGAUGUUGAACUUAUAGAGGCUAAGCGUCAACAAAGGAAAUUAAAUUUCCUUAUUACUCAAACUGAAUUGUAUGCCCACUUUAUGUCUCGGAAAUUAGGAAAAGCUUCUCCAGAAGAACAACUCAGAAUUUUAAAUCAAUUAGAUGAAGAGAAAAAUCCUAGACUUAUUGGAAUAGAUGACUACGAUAGUGAAGCUAUGAAACAGAAAGCAAAGAAAAAUGCUACUGAGGCAUUUGAUAAUGAAAAAGCAAGAACAAAACAAUUUGAUACAGCAGCUGCAUCCCAAGAAUUACGUCUUAGUGAUACACCCGAAAAUUUAGAACAUCCACAACCUACUAUUUUUAAAGGAAAUCUUAAGGGCUAUCAAUUGAAAGGAAUGAAUUGGUUGGCCAAUUUAUAUGAUCAGGGCAUCAGUGGAAUUCUAGCUGAUGAAAUGGGAUUAGGAAAAACUGUUCAAUCUAUAGCUUUUUUGUGCCACGUUGCUGAGAGAUAUUCUGUAUGGGGUCCAUUUUUGAUUAUUUCACCAGCUUCUACUUUGCAUAAUUGGCAACAGGAGAUGGCAAGAUUUGUACCAGUUUUUAAAGUUGUACCAUAUUGGGGAAAUCCACAAGAACGAAAAAUUUUAAGACAGUUUUGGGAUACUAAAGAUUUACAUACAAAAGAAGCAUCAUUUCAUGUAGUAAUAACAAGUUAUCAAUUAGUUAUUACUGACUAUAAAUAUUUUAAUAGAAUAAAGUGGCAGUAUAUGAUUUUAGACGAAGCACAAGCAAUAAAAAGCACUAGCAGUAUGAGAUGGAAGUUAUUGCUUGGAUUUAGUUGUCGUAAUAGAUUACUAUUAAGUGGUACACCUAUACAAAAUAGUAUGGCUGAAUUAUGGGCUUUACUACAUUUUAUAAUGCCGACUUUAUUUGAUUCCCAUGAUGAAUUUAACGAAUGGUUCUCUAAGGACAUUGAAAGCCAUGCUGAAAAUAAAACUGGAAUUGAUGAAAAGCAUUUAUCGAGAUUACACAUGAUCUUAAAGCCAUUUAUGUUACGAAGAAUUAAAAAGGAUGUUGAAAAUGAGUUGUCUGAUAAAAUUGAAGUAAUGGUAUAUUGCCCGCUUACAACACGUCAGAAAUUACUUUAUUCAGCAUUGAAGAAAAAAAUUCGUAUUGAGGAUUUACUUCAUUACACAGUUGGCGGUGGUGAUACAACUCCGAACGACAAAAAUUUUACUUCCAAUUUAAUGAAUCUAGUCAUGCAAUUCCGUAAGGUCUGUAAUCACCCCGAACUUUUUGAGCGUAGAGAUGCUAAAUCUCCGUUUUUUAUGUGUACACAAUCUUUUGAAAUGCCAGCAUUAUUAUAUACAGAAGGACUUUUGCACCUUGCUUUACCAUCCAAAGAUCAUUUAUUGUACAAUAAACUGUUUAUAUUUGCUACGGAAUAUAUUCACAAAGCACUUCAUGACGAAAGUCAAAGCAAUUUACAUGGAAAUAUUUUUUCAUUCAGCAGAUUUAUUGAUAUAUCUCCAAUGGAAUUAAAUAAAAUAUUUAUAACUGGUAUUUUAUUUAGAUUAUGUCUUACAACGAUUAUGGAAAGAAAGAUGAGAAUGAUACGUUAUUGGGAUGAUUGGUAUGUAGAUGAUAGACCAGCAACACCUAAAGAUCAAAUGUUGUUGUUACCUAGAAAAAUUGAAACGUCAUCGCAAACGAUCAGUGAUAUCAUUUUUACGGAAAAAAUACUUGAAGGAGAAGGUUUAUAUACACAUACUACACAUACUAUCCAUUCAAUGCCAGAAACAGUAGCUCACAGAAUAUUGCGUAGUAGUAAAAAAACUGCUAUUCAAAUAUUAAAAAAGGGAGUAUCUUCGACAAAGACAGAACAGGGAGAAGAAACGAAAUUAACAUUGUUACCUGAACAUCCUCAUCUCCCACGUCCUUUAAUUUUUAGAUUUUGUCAGCAAACAACUAUCCCUGCUUUCGUUUGUGACAAUUAUCCCAAGGUUCAAGCAAAUCCUCGUAAGUUAUACGUUAGCAAUAGUUCUGCUGCAUGUGCAUGGAAAAGGCACGAAGAUUGCGGUGGACCAUUUGGCCAGACUUUACUUUGGUUUGGUUACGAAAGAGCAAUUUCUCUUUCUGAAUCACAAGAUAAUUCAAAUAUGCGUGUAAGACAUAGAACAUCUACAUUCUCGUAUGAGCCACUUGGUGGAUUAUCUGCAUGUAAUCCAAUAAAUGGAUGGUCUAAUAUUAUUGUGCCAGACAAACAAACCUUAGUAACGGAUGCAGGAAAACUUUCUGUUCUUGAUAGCCUUCUUCGACGUUUAAAAGAACAAGGUCAUCGCGUUCUUAUAUAUUCACAAAUGACAAAAAUGAUUGAUCUACUAGAGGAGUACAUGUAUCAUAGAAAGCAUACGUUCAUGCGAUUGGAUGGUUCUUCAAAAAUUUCGGAUCGUCGUGAUAUGGUUGCGGAUUUUCAAAAGAGAGCAGACAUAUUUGUUUUUCUCUUGAGCACUAGAGCUGGUGGUCUUGGGAUUAAUUUAACUGCUGCCGAUACGGUAAUAUUUUACGAUAGUGACUGGAAUCCAACAGUGGAUCAACAAGCAAUGGAUCGUGCCCAUAGAUUAGGACAAACUAAACAAGUUACUGUUUAUCGAUUAAUUUGUAAAGGAACUAUCGAGGAAAGGAUAUUACAAAGGGCACGUGAAAAAAGCGAGAUACAACGUAUGGUAAUAAGCGGAGGGAACUUCAAGCCGGAUACUCUCAAGCCAAAGGAGGUAGUUUCACUUUUGCUGGAUGAUGAAGAGAUUGAAGCGAAAUAUAGCCAACGGAGCGAGGAGAGAAAGCCGCACGUGGACGAGGCUCGCCUUGAGUCGAGCCUGCACCACAAGGAGAGGGACAGGAAGAGGAAGUUAACCACGUUUCCGGUCAAGUCACUGAUUUCGCAUGAUGAUUCGAAGAGAUUAUGUUUGAUGGAUACCAAUGGCGAUAAAGUCACUGAUAAUUCUCAAGUUAAUUCAAAUGACAAUAAACAAGUGAUAAAUUCGAUACAAACGCAUCAUCAGAACAAUCAUCAACAAGUCGACAUUCCUGAAGAACAUAGCGUUCCUGCUAGUCCAAUCAAGUCAGAGGACGAAACGAGCAAUGAAGGACUAGUCGUCGACGUGGACGGUCCUGUGAUAGGAUCGAAUGCUGAUUCUAGACAAUCUUGCGUUAAUCAGUUUGGAGAAUCGACAAAAUCUGGACAUCUUGGUCACAAUUUUGUAAUGAGUGGAAAUAUUAGCGGACGAAUGCGACCGAGCGUUCGUGGUACUAGUAAAAGAGGAAGGCCACGGGGUUCUCGAAGAGGUGGACCAGUCGGUGGAAAAGGUAGAGGCAUUUUCCUGUUUCAUUCUUCAUCGAAAGGUACAGGCACUACAUCUCAAUCAUCUUCAACGACAACUAGCAGUGUGUCUUCUCAGGGUGAUCAAUCUUUGCAACAUGCAGACUUUGUUCUCGGUGCAUCGUGUUAUGAGCGGCUGACUCGAAGGAGGAACAAGACGGGUAAAUGAUCUCACGUAACGACACGUGGACCGAAGUUGAUUCGGUAUGCUGCGCGUAUGCUCGUGCUACAUACACGAAAAGGAAAGGGGUCGGUUUCUCACUUGUCGUUGACUGGAAGGCGAACGGACAAUAGCAGGUGCGGAGCGAAGGCGACAGCUGUGAUCGAUGCUCUUCUUAGGUUUUCGGAACUUGCUUACAUCUUUCCCAAUUUCUCUCUCUCUCUUUCUCUCUCUCUCUAUCUAUCUAUCUCUCUCUCUCUUUCUAAUUCUCUUUCUCUGUAUUUCUCUCUAUCUUCAUCAAUGUUUUCUUUUAUUUAUCUGAUUAUGUUAAGCUUUUUAAAAUCCGUUUUUAAAUUUGAUCAGUCAUUUAAAUUACUUUUGAUUGAUCGCCAUUAAACAAUUAUGAAAUAAAUAUUUUAAUAUUAAUUUUUAUACUGGAAGAGAUACAAGUUUUAAAAGAAGCCGAAUCAACGAUUGAGACACGUUCAUAGUUCAAAUACCUAUCACGAACAACGUCCUUAUCGUGACCGCUUUAUUUACGUAACCCUUCAUAUUGAAAUGUAUUGUCGUGAUGCAAAUAAAUGUGAAAAAGUUAUUGGAUUUGCGAAUUAUUCCGUCGCGUUUUGUCGCCAACUCGUACCAUACCGUAUCGUACCGUACCGUGCCAUAUCGUACCGCAUCGUAUCAUCGUACACUUCGAUUUUAUUAUUUUUCUAUACCGGGCAAUGAAGUAAACAUAUGUAUGUAAGUAUGAAUGUUCGAAGAAAGAGCUAUUAGAAUGAAUUAGGUUUGACACGAAAUAAAAAUAAAUCUCACAAAAAUUAAAUAAUACAAGAUGAUAAAGAGAAGAACUAAUCUGGUAAGUAACUAAUUAGUCGCUAAAUUUUAAUAGACGCGCUUGGACUGUAUAUCUAUUUCUUUUUCUUUUUUUCUUUUUCUUCUUCUUCUUUUUUUUUUCUUAUUUUAUUUAUCUCUCUUUGUAUCGGUACGCGAAGACCAGGACAGUUCGAUAUAAGUACGUGUGGGCGAAAUUCUCGCGUAGCGAGAUAGAGAACGAAGGACACAAAGAAGCUGCCGGUGGAUUCGACAUAGCUGAAAGCGAAUGGAACGCGAGGAUUCGCGGAAUGCCGCCGGUCCGGCUGACUCAACCCUUCCUUAUCCUAUCCUUCCACUAUUAUCUCGUGGAAUCUUAACUGCGUUCAAUCAUUGAUCACAAGCUCCUUUCCCACCUUUUUUCUCAUUCUCUUUGUCUAAUCCGAUAGUAGCUACUUCGUUGUUAAUUUUUCACAAUUACAAACGUUGGCAAAACAAAUAUCGCUUAUUUUCUUUCAUCCUUUUUCUCUUUUUUUUUCUCAAUUAAUAAAUCGUUCUAUUAAAUCGAUUUAAUGUAAUCGGAACAAGGAGUAACAUCGAUCCGUGCUUUCAUCGAAAAUUCACGAAUUCGUAUUUUUCCUCUCUUUCCCAUCGUCGAGUGUCCACUUUAGAGUCCUCCAGUCGAGGAGAACAAUUUGAAUGGGAUUGGGACGUGCCAUGGAAUGCGUAAGGAUUUGGAUGGGAAUAAGGAAGAAAGGACUAUAUAGAAAGGAAAGUAGGGGAGGAGAAGGCAGCCGAGACACGUUCCUUCUAUGUCCUCGUGCGGCUACUGACCUUCGACCCUGUCGCUCCACCCGCCUUCCUCUAUCUUCGCUAUAUUUCUCAAUCUUUUCUUUUUAUUCCAGACUAUAUCUUGUCUCUCCGGACCUUACGAAUGCUGGGAAAAGAUGCCUUGGCACGAACCGAAUGGUUUUACAAUAUUUCUUUUCGAUGAAUAAAUUGAUCUGUAGACUGAUAUUUUAAAGGGGCUACUGUCCAGAAAACUGACGUUGCAAUCUUCAAAAUUAUCAUAAUACAAUUUCGAUAGUGUUUAACAGAUUUACAUAAACCUAUUUACUUAUCUUUUACCAAGUGAUCAAUAUUUUUGGGUGAUAUUAUUAAAACAUGAAGUACCUCGUGAUACAUCAUAAAUAUUUGCAAAUCGGUUA